GUGCACAUUCAAAAAAUUUAAAAAUUAAUAAGUGCAUUUUCAAAAUUUUGUACUCUAUUUAUUUAAAAUUUUAAAUUUGUCCGAUGUCUGCUACAUUCACACUCGUAGAAUAAAAUUUUCUUUCAAGUUGACAUAAAAUUAUAAGAAAGUUUGCGUCAACUAAUUGAACAUCAACUUUGCAGUCAACUUGACGUGAAAGUCCGCAGUAGCUUUUCGCCAAUUUGUAACUAUAAACCGGCUAUCGGAGUAGGAGAUCAAAUAGCGCGCCCUGAUGGAUGCUUAUAACCCUAAACAAUGUUUAGUUGCAAGCCGAGUUUUUUUUCGUCAAAUUUUUGACUUUUGUUGAUUAAUACUAUUCAAUAUCAUCCAUCAAAAAUGACAACACAAGAGAGUGAUUCCAAGGAAUGGUUUUACGAUUCCAAUGAUAAACAAUUAAAUGUGGAUACUGAAAACUGCAUCAUAAAUUCAAUUGAAAUAGAAAAAGAUGAUAGUUUGAAUCUUACAAAUUCAAACGUAUCUGAAGAUUCUGACGUAACGCGUAAGAGGAUCCGGAAUGCGAGUCCAGAUUCAAAAACCGAACGGCACUUACGCGAUAGACAAAUCAGCGAAAAUAGUGAAUCGAAUUCCAGUACCUCAUCUGAUCAUAAGAAAAAAAAAAUAGAAUAUGAAACUGAACCCGGUAUUAUAGCACGCAGGCAAAAAGAAAUUGAUUAUGGAAAAAAUACCAUAGGUUAUGACAGAUAUUUACAAGCGGUUCCCAAACAUGAAAGAACGAAAGAACAUCCAAAAACUCCACCCAAAUAUGCUAAGUAUAGCAGAAGAGCUUGGGACGGAAUGAUGAGACUCUGGCGCAAGCAACUGCACCAAUGGGAUCCAUCAGAAGAAGAAAAUGAGGAUUCAGAUACUUCGUCUUAACGUGGCUUUAAUUUUUUACUUCAUUUAUUUAAGUUAUGUAUCGCAAGACAAUUUUUAUAUCUGUCAUCUUAUUAUUCCGGUUUUCUGAAAUAAUUCAAAAAAUUGAAUGAAUAUAUUUUGAUUUUGAGAAAAAAAUUAAGUUAUUUAUUGCGCUA